AUGUGGCCGGUACGCUCCACAGUUAUCUCGAUACCUGAGGCUUCCACAUUGCUCAAGUUGAUAGAUAGUGGUGUGGCAGUGCUGAUCGCCUACGAUUGCGCGAAAAACUUCGAGCCAGCGUUGAGAAACGGACACGGAGCUCAUUGGGCUUUGUUGGCUGGGUAUGCUUACGUGGAUGUGAAUUCUAAAGAUAUCCUUCCCGCUACCGAUGUUGUUGUCAAGGACGAAGAUGCCGUUUACGUUUUCGCAUACCAUGGCAAAAGCAAGCAUAUGGGGCUGUGGUCAUACCCCAGCCUGCGGCAGAGUUCUCUUAAUUUAUUUGAAGCAGGACCGGAAAGAAAAGCACCAUCUUAUGUUUUACCUCACGAUGGUCUGGAUCAGUUACGAGGAAAAUGUGUUCUGUUAGAGAAAGACGUCUCAGGAACGUAG